AUGUUGUGGUUGUACAGCGAGGCAGCGAUAUCUGCGUCAGAGUUCAUCAAACUGUUUAUUGUUUUUUUUUUUUCCAGAGUACCUAAAUCCCCAGUCCCGUGCCUCCGGACGCUGCACCGGCACCCAAUUACAAUUCACAACAGCUUUCUAGACACCGACCUAUCUACGCUCAUUACACAUAUU